CUCUCACCACUUCCUCUACAGUUCACACAAUGCGACUUCCACCUGUUUGACCCUCUUCGCAUCAGAGACAGAUUUGUGCAAAGGACAGAAGCGGUUAGCCCCGGGCAGCGGCGCGAAGGGACCUCGCAUUGCACUGUCUCAUCUCACAUCGACACCACACCGUUCCAACGAUACUGCCGCUCGCAAUGUCUACUCCGUCGUCUGACACUCGUCGACGCGGCGUCAUACCUCCUUGUCGCGGCGCGAGCUGGAGUUCUAGCAACGCCGACAGUCUCGAUUCACAGCAAACCUCAACAUCGGACCAGCUUGUGGGCUCUGGAUCAUACCGCGACAUCAAUCUGCGCUCCGCCAAUAUCUUCAUCCAUGAGCUUGAACCAGAGCAUUGGCCGCUUGAGAUACACACAUUCGUCGACCAUUUGUUUGCCGUCGAGAAAGUGCACGUAGGCACUCCUACCGCGGAGGCGUUGGUUAUGCCUGACACCUUGAAAGACACUUGCGUCGCCCUCGCCCAUCAAGCAAGCCGCAAAAAUCUGGAACAGGAGAUUGCCUGGAUGGACUUUCACAAACUCAUUCUGGGUCUCUUCAAUCACGAGAACAUCUCCUGGCGCCAGGGUCGAAGAUUCGAUGUCCAGGUAGGCCCGAGUAGCGAUACCGACCAGAAGCUCUCUACACCAGUCCCCGACCUCAUCUUCGGUCUCGCCGUCUCGGUGACACAAGAUGUCAUUCUCAGCCAAGCUCCUACUCUCUCCAACAGACUACUGGCACAUCUCGUCUCUUUGUGCGGUAUCCAAUCUUUCCCAACGCAAGAUCGUCGGGACGUUGCCUACCCCUGCGUCAUCUUUGAGGCAGAAUCGGACGCUGGCAGUCUCCUCGCGGCGGAGAACAAGGCAGCGCUUGCCGCUGCUCAGGCCCUUUCAAUGUUGGAGACUCUCAAAAUCGUUGCUCAAGCCUCUUACCGUCUACCGGCGAUCGUCAUUUGUACCCAGGGCUCCAUCUACGAGGUCUUCGUCGCCUUUGACCUGCGCGCGGACGACAUUGCCCCUAACGCAACUUCUCGUAAAGAUUCUGGCCCUGCUUAUCCUCUACAAUUCGGAGUGCACCUGGUUCAGAUCUGGUUGGGAGACCUACGACGUGCGGAGGCGAUGUACCAAUUCCAGAGACUCUGGUACAAUGUGACGCAGUGGAUCUUGAAUACCUGGAGACCCACCAUCAUAGGCAUGCUUGACGCUGUCAAGGCGACGAUCCCAGAUUAAGCUUCUUCUGCCUUGCAGCAAGACCACUAGACGUGAGGUACUAGAUGCCGAAGAGAUUAUGUCCAAGAAGGAGUUUGUAGAUACAUCAUUCACGUCACCGUUCAGGAAGAAGCUCAAUUGUAUAUCCAUCUCAAUGAUUUCUGGCCG